AUGAGCACGAAUGAGCUGCUUAAAAUCGCCAGAGAGUUCUUGGGAACUCUACGGCCACAAGACAAGGAGUUUUUUGAAUCAAGUAGCUACAGCGACGUACUACAAGAUGUUAACGAUGUCCAGUCACAGCGUGAAUUGACCAGAACAAUGAUAAAUAUGAAGAGGAUACACCCUUUCCUCAUAGGCAUGGCCAGCCUAGAAAACAUAUUAGCUGCCAUCAACUUUUCACAGGCCUCAAACGUCAUGGCGUGCGUUUGGGGCUCAAUCCGAUUCCUUUUGAAGGCGACAAACCUCAACGAUCGAGAGAUUGACAACUUACUUGAUGCGUAUGAAGAGUUAGGAGAUAAAAUCCCCCCCUUGGAUGAAUAUACGCCCUUUUUUAAUCGGGGCACAGAGAGCCAAAUUUGCUUACUACACAUCUAUCGCGAUGUAUCAACUUUCCAUCAGAAUUUAUAUAAGCUCUUUUCGCUUCGAUCUGGUUUAUGUCAAAAGCUAUAUAAACCUACUUGGAAAGCAUUGAGCGAUACGACUGAAUUCUUAGUCGAAUCUCUACAAAGGCAUGGGCAAAUCAUGAAACGAUAUGGAUCACCCGUGCAAAAUUCUCCAGCAAGUCUGAAUGCUGACGGUGAAAUAAUAUUUGAAGAACCUCAGCCUCACAUUGCCCAAGAUUGGGAUUUUGUGAGCUUGAAGCUGCAGGAGUAUGACAGUGAAGUCGCAAAGCGUCAGAAGGAUUUUGAUGAGGAACAGACAUCGAAGAGAGAAAUAAUGAAAACAAGAGUGUUGGAAUGGAUCUCAGCUUCGAAAGAGACAGAAUCUCUUCACAAAAAAUUUCAAGAUACAAAAAAGUGUCCAGAUUCUGGUCGCUGGCUGUUCAGGAGAUAUAGCGAAGUCACUGAUUGGAUGAAAGAAGAUUUGCCUCCAGAGUCCGCCAUUUGGAUCCAUGGUAGCCGAGGAUAUGGCAAGACUAUAUUGGCUUCGAUCCUAGUUGAUGAGUUGAACCAACUGAAAAAUCGCAAUCACAUUGACCCAGAAAGCAAGGUCUAUUACUUCUAUUGCCAGGAAGCCGACGCUGAUCACAGCACUCAUCUUGGUGUUCUCAAAGGAAUCCUCUACCAGAUGGUUGAUUCCAACGAGUAUCUCAUACCCUACUGCGCUGAUAGAGCUGAAUCAGGUGGAAGCACCACUUUGGCGCACGUCCAGGUUGCUCAAGCUCUCAUCGAAGCAUUCUUUGAAUACAAUUCCCGGCAAUAUGUUGUCAUCGAUGGACUUAAUGAGUGUGAAACAUCCAAGGAAAUGCGCGAAAUAGCAACCUUUUUCAUGAGGCAGGUUUCUAAAUGCGACACUGACUUCAAGCAAGGCCAAUUGAGGUUGCUUUUCAUGAGCCAAAUGAUACCAGAAAUAGAGAAAGAUCAUAUUAUGCCGGAAGAGGAUGGCCGCAUACAGCUUAAGUCGACUGAUAACGCAGAGGACAUUAGAGCCUACGUGAAGGAGCGGAUUCCAGAAUUUUCAUUGCCGCGCAGUACAAGGGGCGGGUUCAAUCUUUCUGGAGCCGAUAAAGACCAAAUUCUAAGCAUUAUUUGCGGUCGGAGCGAAGAAAUGUUCCUCUAUGCUCAUUUGGCUAUUGAGUAUUUGCUGCAGCAACCAACAAAAGAAAUGCUUCUGAUGAAGGCCAAAGGAGAGAUGCUACCACAAAAGCUUAAGGAUAUUUACGAAAAACUUUUGGGAGCAGUGAGAGACGAGCUAUUGCAGCUUGAAGAGGGCGAGGAGCACUGGAAGCUGGCUAAGCUUCUUCUCGGCUGGCUGGUUUGCGCAAAACGACCGCUGAGAUGGAACGAAAUGCAGGCCAUUCUUUCGUACGUGCCAGAAGAGCAAAGAGUAGAUUUUGACAACAGAAUGCUACGACAAGCAGCUGAGAAAUACUUGGGAUCGUUAGUCUACAUCUUAGAUGGUGGCCAUAUUCGAAUUGUUCACUCCACGGCACGACGCUACAUCGUCAACAAUGCGCAUAUAAACGCGGAAGAAACCCAGUGUCAGCUUACUACACUUUGUCUCAGAUACUUGUGUCUUCUUACUACGUCCAACGUUGAUCAAGAUGAAGAACAGCACCUAAUCAAAGUGAAGCGUGGGUGGUUCGCUUUCCAAGAUUACGCCUGUUCUCAGUGGCAUAGUCAUGUCGAUACGGUAAUGAAGGCAUGUAAAAACCUCUUCUGCGGCAACACUCAUGAUGCCCAGCAUGCGGAGAAAUUUGGCUCUGCUUUGCAGAACUUUAUCGACACACAUCGCGAAGAUCUCACGACGGACUUGCACUCGGACCUUGCAAGAGACUUGCCCGCUGAGUUGAGACAAUACUCAGAACUCCCAUUCUACGACAAUCUCUGCUCAUUGUGGAAUCAUAUCUAUACGCAUCAAAAGGGUGCAUAUGAUAACCGCAAUACAGUCGGCAUACCUCGGAUAGAAGCAGCUCUACUCCGGAAUAGGGACGCUCUGGAAAAACUCUCUCCGCAAGAUAUUGCCCACAUUAGCGAUACAAUAGGAGACUAUUAUGGUACCAAUCUGUUCAAGUGUAAACGCGUGCUAUGUAAAUUCUUUUACAUAGGCUACGAAAAGAAAGACGAUCGCGAAGCUCACAACAGUCGUCACGACAGGCCAUACCAGUGUCCGAUACGAUGCAAUCUGGCACCUCUUGGCUUCUCCAAUAAGAAAGAUUGGGAAAGGCAUGUGCGACACUAUCACUCACACUUGAGCGAAGGACCAUCGGUAUUUGAGGCUUUGCGAUCUAGGCCUGGGCAAAAUGGAUUCCAAUGCACCCUUUGCGGCAAGGAGUUUACGCGGAAAAUCACACAGCAGGGUCAUGAAAGAAGUCACUUUGGCAUUGGAGGAUACAUACGAGAAGACAGGUGA